UGCGCGGAAGCCAUUGCCGCCUGCCCUCAGUUUUCCCUCUCCCACUCUCCUCCGCCGCCGGCGCCCGAUGCGCCACCUCGUCGCGGCGGCGAAACCAUCCCGGCGGCGGCAUUUCUUCUUCUCCUUAUCCCCCUACCACCAACUCUCCACCACGACCACCAGCGGCACCAAUUCCUCCCAUCUCUGCUCCUUCUACGACCCCGCGGCGCAGUUUCUCCCCUCCGGCUCUCCCCGGCACCUCUCCCUCCCCACCUCCCUCCGCCGCGACUCUCUCCUCGACCUCGCGCGCUUCCUCAAGUCCUCCCUGCAAUGCCACCUAGCUCUCCGCACCCUCACCUCCCAGACCCCCCCGCUCCAUGCCCGCUUCGCCGCCGCCUCCCGCCUCGCCAUCUUGUCCCCGGCGCUGCGCCCCUUCGCAUCCCUCCUCCUCGCCGCCCUCCUACCGGCCGCCUCCCCGCAUCUCCUCGCCUGGUGCGCCUCCCCCCGCGGCGCCCCGUACGCGGCCCUCCGCCUCGCGCUCCACGCCUUUCUCGCCGCCGGCAUGCCGGCUGAGGCGCUCGUCGUGCUCUCACGCAUCCGCAGCGUUGGGAAAACGCCCAGCCUCUCCGCGCUCGCGACGCUGCUGCGCCUGCUGUUCCGCGAGGGCAACGUCCAGGCCGCGUGGAAGGUGUUCGUGGAAAUGACAGCGAUGGGGCCACGGCCGAGCCUCCCCAUCUUCAACGCCAUGAUCCUAGGGUUAUGCCACAUGGGGCUCAUCCCUGUAGCUGCGGGAUUGCUUGGUGUCAUGUGGAAGUUCCAUGUUACCCCUGAUGCGUGCAGCUAUAACAUCCUGAUCAAGGGACAUUGUGUGUUUGGGCAGGCAGGGGAUGCUUUUGAGCUGCUUGAAAAAAUGCACAAGUCAGGGUGCGAGCCGACUGUUGUGACGUAUAACAUUUUGGUGAAUGUACGGUGCCGUGAUGGGAAUAUGGUGGAGGCAAGGAGGCUGUUCGAUGAGAUGGUGGCGGUGGGGGUCGAAGCAAAUACAAUCACCUUCAAUGUUUUAAUCGAUGGGUAUGCAAAGACUGGGCAGAUGGAUGAGGCUGAUGCCGCCUACAGAGAGAUGAAGGAGAGGGGAUUGCUGCCAGAUUGCUGCACCUUCAACAUUCUUUCUGCUGGAGCAUACAAGUUUGGAAAGACCGCGCACUUAGCACAUGAGCAGCAGGAGCUGUAUGAAAUGUUUGGUUCACAGAUAUCAGCAGACAAUGUAGAUAUGACGAUCUGUAGGCUUUGUUGGGAUGGACGAUUGGAUGAUGCCCGGCAGCUUGUGUGUUGUGCAAUCGAGCAGGGUGCUCCAGUGAGUGUUGCAGGUUUUAAUGCUUUGAUUGCUGCAUAUAGCAAGGAGGGAUUUGAAGAAGCAGCUCUUGAGUUAUAUAAGCUUAUGAAAGAGAUAGGCCUUGCACCCUUAUCCUCCACUUUCAAUUACUUGAUACUGGGUCUAUGCAAUCAAGGAAGACUAGAUGAUGCACAGCUUUUGCUAGAACAUAUGAUUAGUAAGGGAUAUUCUGUUGGUACCUCAUUUACCGUUUACAUGGAUUCAUGCUUCAGGUCUGGUAAUGUAGAAGGUGCCUUGAAAUGCUGGGAUGAUAUGCUGAAAGUUGGUGGGCAGCCUGAUUUUAUCGCUUUCUCUGCAUAUAUCAGUGGCCUUUGCAGAUUAGAUCAUGUAAAUGAGGCUUAUCGGGCAUUUGUGGAGAUGACAAGAAGAGGUCUUGUUCCGAACAAUAUUACUUACAACUCUCUGAUAUCUGCGUUUGUUAGGGUUGGCCAUGUGGCCGAAGCACUGCAACUAGAGCAGAAGAUGAGGCAGAGUGGUCUUGUUCCUGAUGUUUUCACAAGCAACAUUCUGAUUGAUGGUUUUUGCAGACAAGGAAGGCUGGAUAUGGUGAAUAACCGUUUCUUGGACAUGCGCAGUAGUGGCUUAACUCCUGAUGUAGUGACAUACAAUACAAUUAUUAAUGCAUAUUGCCGGGCCCAGGAUAUGAACGGUGCCAUGAUUUUCAUGAACAAGAUGCUUGCAGAUGGCUGUGAUCCAGAUAUUUUCACAUAUAAUAUUUGGAUUCAUAGCCUCUGCAACAACCAUUCGAUGAAUCGAGCAGCGAGAGUGCUGGAUGAACUUGUUGCUGUUGGUUUCACACCUAAUUCAGUUACAUACAACACACUGAUGGAUGGCAUUUGCAAUGAUGUCCUUGAUCGAGCUAUGAUUCUCACUGGUAAACUGAUUAAGAUGGCUUUUCAACCCAACACCAUCACAGUUAAUGUUUUCUUUUCUCAUUUCUGUAAGCAAGGUCUUGGAAGGCGAGCCCUUUUGUGGGCUGAGAAGCUCAGAGAAGAUUCUGUUGCUUUUGAUGAAGCUACAAUGAAUAUACUUGACUGGGCUUCCAAGGAGAUGGAGGAUGACCUCCAGGGUAGAGUUGCUGAUAUUGACAAAUGUAUGUUUCUCGAGUUCUUAAUGCUCAUAACGUACAACACUAUGAGCAAUAAUAGAUCCCCAAAGUUUAGACAUGUGCCUGUUGAGACAGUUAUUGAUCCUGCCAACAGCAAUACAAUCAAAGUUUUAGAUACUGGGUAAUAGCCAAAUUUCAUAAUCACAUGACUACUUGAAAACAUUAGCCACACGAUCAAAGUUUUUGGUGUCGAUGAGGGACAUUGGCAUGAAGAUGACACAAUGGUCGCUAGCCUGGAGGAGGCAAGCAAGCAGAUAUCAAUUAGCCGGCCAGAGAAAAGAGAGUAGGAGGAGGAAGAAGAAGACGAGACUAAUCGGUCAGGGCGUGUGAGCGACGGGGUCCUGCGCCAACGGGCACCAUCUACUGCUGCAAGCACUGCGACUCCAACCUUGCCUAUGCCCAGCGCAUUGUCUCCAAGAUGUUCCACUGCAAGCAUGGCAAGGCCUACCUCUUCAACAAGGUGUCAUUUCAGGUUCAUCAGGCUGCCCAUGUCCAUCUACCACCCAAGCCAUGUCGCAGAGCAGCGGAGAUACUCCACAUGAUCUGCUUCAGCUGCCUCCAGUUCAAGAAUAACCUGGAUUUUCUCAGAAAGAUGUAUUAUGAGCUGAAAUUUGAAAGUGACACUAGCUGACUAGCAUAACUUGGAUUUUCCCAGAAAGACGCAUGAUUCAUUUUGAAAAUAACAGGUGUAACUACAGUAGCAAUCAUCUAAACAAAAAGCAUAUGCCAUGCUUUGUGUAACACAUAGUUCAGUAGCCUAGACAUUUGUGAUGCAAAAAUACCACCACAUUACCCAAACCCUCAAACAGUAUAAACCUCCACUCAAAGUCCAAGGUUAAUUUAAGACUGUUAAUUAAGCUAUCGAUGGCUGGUGUUUAUUUUAGUUGUAGGUUUCUGAGGAGGAUGGCAUGUGUACAGUAUAAGCACUAAUUAAUUAUAUUUUGCCGUAUGUGAUGGUCCAGCCAUCAGGCCGUGGCCGAGUGUAGAGCAGGUCACCCAGCCAAUGAUUCGGUGUUUGGAUCUGUGGUGGUGGUCUUCCGGCCACCACAAUCUUGUUAUUGUGAUAAUCUUUUUUGCUGAUGAAAUAUGUCACAAUAUUUGUGCUUUGCAAGAUUCUGUGGCUACUAUGUUGUGCUGCCUAUAUGCAUGAUCAUGUAGGAUUCUGUUCUGCCUUUCACGACAUAUAUCAUUCUUUUGGCAUUAUGCUACCCAUAGUUAGUUAAGAGAGCUACAAAUUAUCUUUUCCUUAGGUUGGAUAAUUUUGAUUGAUUAGUGUGUGCUUGAGCACGUACAGCUGAGAGCACCUCAUGUAUUUUAUAUAGAUGUUCAUUAAAGCUAUUAUCCGCGUCUUCUGAUUAUUCACUGUAAUUGACAUCUCCACUGUAUUUGUGAAUAUAUGAAUCUAGGUUGUAAGAGUAAUCUUAACGAGUUUUUGUUUUGCUGCUGUUUAGAAGCCUGUUUGUUUUAUUCAUGUACGUACUUUGGAUCCACGUAUCUCAUGUAUUAGCAAUUUAGAAGUUGUGGAUAUUUUGGCCCAUGAACAGUGGACAUCUUGGCUUGUGAACAACACUAGGCAAACAACAUGCGGUUUUUGUAAGAGCACACUAUGUUAAUUAUAGCCUGCUGCACAGAAUGGCAAAAACAACUGUAUUUUAUAUUUCUUUGUUAUAGGCAUGUAAACCCAACCUUAUCCCACAAUGGCAUUCUUUGAGAUUUUUGAUUUGAUUAGCUCCUCCUCUUGAUUGUAGGCCAAUGCCUAGGCUCUGCUGCUGCCUAUAGGAAUUUGGGCCGCUUUCGUCUUUCUUGGUGAGUUCAACAACAAUGAGUUUCGGUGGACUACCUCCUCAGCUACUUCAGCUUCUGCACUGCAGGGUGAUGACAGCCUCAUGACAGCGGUGGUCGCCUCUUCCUUGGUUCUGGUUGGUCAUGGCGUCACGUGCACACAGACCUGCAGCUCUCGUUUCCAUGACCUGGUGGUCGUUGUCACGGUCUCGGAUGACGGUGGUUCACCACCUUGCUUCCAGUGCCGAUGAGACAAUGGGGUUGUCACCCCGUAAUCUCGUAAUCUCAGCGUCGGCUCCCACGACUGCCUCCUCGGCUACCACUACUUAGAAAUCUGUGCUGGAGGGGAUGGUGGAUCCGCAACCACCGAGGAAGGUCGUUUAACUGCAGAAGUUCGAUCUUCCAGAGGCCAGGGCGAUCCCGGGCGGCAUGCACCAUCCGGUGGUGCCCCGGCAGAUGAUUGACCUAUGGAGCUUAUAGUGCCGUUUGGUCUAUUGGAAGUCCGGUGGUACUGGUUUCCUUUAUAUUUCCCACUUCUGUAUUUCUGAGCUUGCCAUUGUGUGUUUCUGCUGAAUGUGAGUGGUGUUGUUCCGGUUGUGUGGAUCAGCUCCGGCGAGAACCUGAUGGGUUCUUUUGCUGGGUUUGUAAAAGUGCUUGUCUAUUUGAAACGCAUGCUACCAAGCCCAAGUUGAAACGAAACCGAUGUAGGUUUCUGCUGGUCUCAUGCUUGAGUUCCAUAAAA